AUGAAUAUCCCUAUAGAUAGAGUGACACAGCUACAGGAUAUAUACAUUUUUGAGACAGCGAUUAACCAAACAGUAUCAAAUAUACAAAAGAAAAAAAAGAACUAUUUUCGAGUCUCAUUGGUGUUAUUAACCUUACUAAUUAUAUCAUUAGUAUGGUGUUUUUCAAAAUAUAAAUUACAACAACAAGAAUUCAUUAUAAAUAAUGGAAAUAAUAGUAACAUUCAACAACUACAACAACAACAACAAUUAAAUAAUUUAGAUUCAACAACAAUAUAUACAACAAAUGAUAAUGGAGACAUUAAUUUUCAUAAUGACAAUAAUAAUAAUAAUAAUUAUCGAGAUAAUCAAUCUUCAAAUCAAAAAAUAGAACAACAAACACUAACAGCUCUUGACUAUAGUUUACUUUUUCUCCCAUCUUCAGUUUUAUCAUUAUCAUUAAUAUUUUCAUUAAUCAUUUAUUUUAGUAUUGAUGAUCCAUUUUUAUUUAUAACAAGAUGUAAUUCAACAUUAUAUUUAUUUAAUAUUUAUUAUUGUUUUUCAAAUAAAAAGAUAAUGAUUCUUCCAAAGAAGCAAUUAAAUAAUAACUAUUAUAGUAGUGAUAACUAUAGUAAUUACCAACAACAACCACAACAACAACCACAACAACAACAACAAUAUAAUACGGGAUAUAAUCAACAUCAAUAUACUGAUGAAAAUGAAUAUAACCACAGAGGAAAUCGAUUGGUUUCAAACCCAUCUUCAACCAUUCAAAGAAAUAAAAAAUUUGAUACAAAUAAUAAUUAUAAUUUUAAUAAUAAUAAUUACAAUUAUAAUAGCAAUUUCAAUAAUAAUAAUAACAAUAACAAUAUUAAUAAUAAUAAUAAUAAUACCAAUAAUAGUAACAUUAAUAUUAUUAGUAAUAAUAAUAAUAAUAUCAAUAAUAAUAAUAAUAUUAUUAAUAAUAAUAAUAAUAAUAAUAAUAAUAAUAAUAUUAAUAAUAGUGCAUAUAGUAAUUUUAAUAAUAGUAAUGGUUAUAAUUAUACAAAUUAA